AUGGUGUUCAAAAUAGCUGGCUGGGUGUUUAGCUUCGAACAAGUGCGCGCAUGGUUAGAGAAGCAAGGACAACAACACCAGCACUUGCCGGACGAGUUCCUUGCUACUGAUCUUAAUUACUGGUUCAAAGAGAGAGACAUUGAUUAUCUGUGGGCCGUCGGCACUGACUAUCCUCGAGGGAGCUUGCAACCAGUCAUCGUAUUGGUUCGAAGGCGCAGAGAAGAUCCCAAGUCGACCGUGUUCCGCUUUUAUCAUGUCAGGGAGGUGGAUGCGGACCGUGAAGUGAAGAAGCAGGUGUUGGAAGAGAGUGGGCUGAAAGAUGAGGAUUUGCCUUGGGUCACUGUUGCGGACCCGUUUUUCCGAUGCUGAUGUUGUCAUCGCAACGUAAACUAAAUCGAAGUGGGCUCAGCACCAAAUGAUAUCUGCCCCUUGCAGCUUCUUGUCCCACGCACGGAUCGAUCUUCUUUCUCGAGAACUUCAUUGAAUCAUGUCCUUAUUCCCUGUUAUUGUUUCUUAGUACAUUUUGGACUGAUAUAACGCUAACAAGCACGAUGGAGCAUACGUGAUUUGUUCUGCGAAACGCAAGGGUGCUACAUAAUGGGCUUGUUUCGUUUAAUCAUGGUCCUUUAUAUAAGGAUACCGACGGCGCUUUAUCGUAGUGUCAGGGGCUUCGGCUACAAACCAUCUUGGGAUAAAAUUGAAGUUUGGCUUGCGCUUCUCGAUGGCAGUUAAGUUGUUUGUAAUUGUGUG